CACGUUUUAAUCGCUGAUAUCUCCUCCUCGUCUCGCGCGCACACAAAAUUGGAAGGAAUCUGAAUCUUCUUUUCCCCAACAAUAGAAAAAAAAGCGAAAAAUAUUUCGAAAAAUUAUGAACAAAAUCACACGUAUACAUACAGAUCGAUUAUAUGAAUAUAUAGCUAAAGGGCAAAGCUAUACAGAUCUGGGAAUUGAAAUAUUAUCGACGUAUUCGUUACUUUUUCGCUUUUUGCUGUUUGCGUGAUUGAGGAGACUUGUUUUCGUUUAGGGUUUUUCAUCUCACUCCUCUUAAUCGAGAUCUUUCUGUUGGUUGGAUCAUUACAGACAGAAACACUUUGUAAAAUAUCUUUGUUUUUAGGUUCUUCCUGGAUACAGGUUUAUCUGCUCCCGGCUGAAGUUUUGAAGACAGAUCUUGUUAAACUUAUUGGAAAACUUUUCUAGAAUGCAUGAUGGUGUGAAAAACCAUCACCGUUUAUAUUAACUCUGCUUUCAGAGAGCAUGAGUUGGAACUUGUAGAAUGCAGAAUACCAGAAAUUAGAGGAUGGAUGACUACAGACAAGCUGAUAUUUUUCCUCCUGCAUGGAUAAACAGGAAUCCAUCUGAAUUGGCAGAAUCACGUGUCUUCAUCAUCUCUUGCUGUAUUGCUGGCAUUAUUGGUAUCUUGACCAUUGUGUAUACCGCAUUCCAAUGGAGAAGAAACAUCAGUCUAAGCUUAAUGAAAGCUACUGCUAAAAAAAAGAAGGAUCCAAAAUCAAGAAGCAGGGUUCCAGUAGCUGCUCAUACUUGGUAUCUUGAGUCUGGAUCCCGUGGGAAAAACUUAAACUGCUGUGUAUGCUUAAAAUCAGUGUCAUCUUCACAGACACUUGGCCCAAUGGUGGCUUCAGAUAGCUUUAUUCACCGUUGUAGAAUAUGUGGGGCUGCAGCUCACCUCAGUUGUUCCUCAAAGGCUCACAGAGACUGUAAGUGUGUAUCAAUGAUUGGUUCAACACGUGUGUUACACCUGUGGGCUAUUAGGUGGACUGAGGUGGUGGAUCAACCUGAUGAAAUCUCUUUUUGCAGCCAUUGUGAAGAGCCCUGUAGUGCUUCUUUUCUUGGAGGGUCACCAAUAUGGUGUUGCUUAUGGUGUCAGCGUUUGGUUCAUGUUGAUUGUCAUAGUAGUCUUUAUAGUGACACAGGUGAUGUUUGUGAUUUGGGUCCUUUUAGAAGGCUGAUUGUGUCACCUCUUCAUGUUAAGGAGCUCAGGAGGUCUUCAUCUGGUGGAAUCUUGAGUUCCAUCACUCAUGGAGCUAAUGAGAUUGCAUCUUCUGUACGUGCAAGUAUUAGAAAUCAAAGUAAGAAAACCAAAAAAGAAAACGAAGUCCCUGUGGAUAUUAGUAAUGGUAGUGUAGAGGAAGCUUCUACAGAAAGUACAACAGAUAUUAAUAUAGCAAAUGGUGCCUCAAAAGAGAACUACAAUGGAAACACAAACACAAACACAAACACAAACACAGAGGUUACAAGUCAACAACAAGAUGGUGAUGUGGUCAACAAGUUUGGGCGAAAGUUGAGUUUUAAAAGAAACAUAUCAAACAGUCAGAGAGAUGAGUCACAUAUAGUUGGGAUGAAGCAGAAAUAUGAGUUGACCGAUAUGGGUCCAGAUUCAAGGCCUCUUUUAGUCUUUAUUAACAAGAAGAGUGGUGCUCAGAGAGGUGAUUCACUCAGGUUAAGGAUGAAUAUCCUCUUGAACCCUGUUCAGGUGUUUGAGUUGAGUUCAACAGAGGGGCCAGAAGUUGGUCUUUAUCUAUUCAGAAAAGUCACGAAUUUUAGAAUUCUUAUAUGUGGUGGAGAUGGGACAGUUGGGUGGGUAUUGGAUGCCAUUGAGAAGCAAAACUUCAUAUCUCCACCACCAGUUGCUAUUCUGCCAGCUGGCACUGGAAAUGACCUGGCAAGAGUGUUAGGCUGGGGAGGUGGUUUGGGGUCAGUAGAGAAACAUGGUGGCCUCUGUACAAUGCUUCAAGACAUAGAACAUGCUGCUGUCACCAUUCUUGAUCGUUGGAAGGUUUCUAUAACAAAUCAGAAGGGAAAACAGCUUCGUUCACCAAAAUUUAUGAAUAAUUAUCUUGGUGUAGGAUGUGAUGCGAAGGUUGCUUUAGAAAUUCAUAAUCUGAGAGAGGAGAAUCCAGAGAAGUUUUAUAACCAGUUUAUGAAUAAAGUUUUGUAUGCUAGAGAAGGUGCGAGAACCAUCAUGGAUAGAACAUUCCAAGAUUACCCUUGGCAAGUGAAAGUGGAGGUAGAUGGUGUUGAUAUUGAGGUCCCUGAGGAUGCGGAGGGUGUUCUUGUUGCGAAUAUUGGAAGCUAUAUGGGUGGUGUAGACUUGUGGCAGAAUGAAGAUGACAACUAUGAUAAUUUUGAUCCUCAAUCUAUGCAUGAUAAGAUUCUGGAAGUUGUGAGCAUAUCAGGGACCUGGCAUCUUGGAAAACUUCAGGUAGGGCUGUCUCGAGCUCGAAGGCUGGCACAGGGACAGAGCAUAAAAAUUCAGCUUCUUGCUCCGUUGCCUGUUCAGAUUGAUGGUGAACCAUGGAUGCAGUCACCAUGCACUUUGACCAUUUCACAUCAUGGCCAGGCUUUCAUGCUGAAAAGGUCGGGUGAAGAACCCCUUGGUCAUGCAGCAGCUAUAGUGGCUGAUGUGCUGGCACAUGCGGAGACAACUAAUGUCAUAAAUGCAUCUCAGAAAAGAGCUCUUCUUCAGGAAAUCGCACUCAAGCUCUCCUAGAAUCACUUUUACUUGUUUUGUAGCAACCAAGGAGAGCUCAUACUUCAUAUCAUAUCAUCUCAUCAUAUAUAAUAUAUUUAUAGCUUGGUCUCCCCUUUUAUUCUUUUUUGGUCAUGUGUUUCAUUUCUUUCACGCAUGCUUGUAAUACAACAAAUCUUGAAUAUACAUACAUAUAACUAGAAUGAAAAUAGUUUUUGAUUUGUAAACUCAGGCUGUAUUGUAUUGGACAUGUUUUGUUUUCUGGAUAAAUGAUGGUUUAAAACUCAA